GUAUAAAUAUUCGAGUUGUGCAAUCGCGAUUGACAUUAAUCUUGGCACCCAUGUCGUACGCCUACUACCAUCAAGCCCCAGGCUGGGGGUCCAAUCAGUUCCAUUUCGGGGCACCACCUGCUCCCACAUUUCAGCCUCAGCCAUCUUGGGGUGGCAUUGAUUAUUACCGCGCCCAUGCUUUGAGUCCUCAGGCUGAUCCUCUCCUCUUUGAUAAUGCCUGGAAUCGCGUCAGAGAUUUUGGCCCCAACUCUGGAGGUCUCGGUGUAGGCAUAAACGAGGCCCGACAUUGGCACUCUCGCGCCUAUGGUGGUUUAGGUGAACUGAACCAAAUGCUCCCACAAGAAGUUGGCCACGCAGCCGCUUACGAGGCCUAUCGUACAUGGAUCCACAAUAGCUCCAUCUACGAGCCACUGAGUGGUGACUUUGAAAGGCAACGAGAGGCUCUUAUCGGUCUUGCUGUGGCGGAGUCCUCGCGAUUAUUGGGUUAUACCGCCCGCAGUAUGGACAAUUAUGCUCGUUCAGCAGCCGCAGAAGCUGCAGCGAUGACUGCAUCGAUAAUAUUUUAUUGGAGCCGUGAUCACGAUGACGAUUACCGGGGACGUGGAACCCAAGGAGACCCGUACGAUGACCGAUACGAGUAUGAUUCCGAUGUUCUCCAUGGGCACCGUCGUGGUCGAUCACACUCUCGACACCGGUCUCUCUCAGUAUCCUCAUACAACAUGCCUUACUCAGGAGGCGGAAUAGCACCCGCGCCAUCCACGAUGCCCAUGCCUAUACCCGGGAUGGCGUCGAGCAUCGGUUAUCCUGGUCAGCCAGGAUCAUAUGGACAACCAGGGAACUAUGGAUCUUAUCCAGGACAGCCCGGAUCUUAUCCCGGUCAAUAUGCGGGGUCGCAAUACGGGGGCGGCAUGCCCAUGUCGAUGCACGGUGGGGGCACCGCCUACGCUGGUUCAGAUCCCGGAGGCCCCAUAAAUAGUGGUGGAUACGCCGCACCUAUGGUUAUGCACUCCCGUCCUCGGAGCGUCUCCAUGUCAAUGCCUGGACAUUACCCCCACACCCCGUACUCUGCAGGCGGGGCUAUGAUGAUAGGUGGAGUUCCUCAAGCCCAGAUCAUGCCGCAAGGUGUGCCACAAAGUCAGGUUGUUGUCUUGAAGCCGAACAAGAAGCACCGUCAUCAUCAUAAACACCAUCAUAGAUCUAGGUCUCGCUCCAGCAGAUAUUAGUUUGUGCUCAUCUUCGCCAGCAUCUGUAACUGUACAAAGGAAAAUUGUAUUCUGUAUUUUGCACCAUGCAUCCUCAUCUUGCCCA